AUGCAAGGAUUCAACAACGGAACAUGCAACAACCACAUUGGCAUGGGCGUCCGAUACAACGCCGAGAAGAAGAAAAUUGGCAACUACUACUCGACUCCAAUUUACUCCUUUCGAUGUAAAUGCCAUCUGUGUGACGGGUGGUUUGAGAUUCAGACGGAUCCCAAGAACACACGUUAUGUUGUGACCUCAGGAGCAAGACGAAAAGAAGAAGAUUGGGACCCAGAAGAGCACGGAGGUUUCGCAAUACAUGGCCAGUACACAUUCCAUACCGUUUUUCACACGGACAAGGAAGGCGUCCCACUUGACCCGCUCGCCGCUCUUGAAAAGACCACUACCACCGAGAAGCUCAUCAACGAAGUCCAGAAGCCACGAAUAGAGGCACUCCAAACUGUAUCGGACCGCUACAAUGCCGACCCUUAUACCCUCUCCUCGAAAGUCCGUAGACGGUUUCGCGAGGAAAAGAAGAUCGAAAAAGAAAAGAGAAAGGCUGACGACUCGCUGAAAGGCCAGUACGGGCUGCCAGAAGAGCUCAAGUUGUUAGACGAUAACAACGAGAUGAAAGAAGACGCCAAAGCUUUGUGGACCAAGGCCAAACGGGAGCUGGAAGAGAGGAAAGCUGGAGAUGUUAAGAGGAGGAGACUCACCGUGGACGGUCUUCCCAGCUCCUCUUCAACAUCAUUACUCUCCCCUUCCUCGUCGUCUAGGUCAUCCUUUUCUUCCUCCCUGUCACGCAUAUCGUCGUCCUCACUGAUGGGGUCUUCUCGCCCAUCGUCGGCAUCAUCCAAGCCCAAGGCAGAUUCGUUGAACUCUCUCAAAGCCCGCAUACUUCAAAAUACGGCGAGUCGAUCUCGACAAUCACUCGGAUCUUCUGGGAGUGCGCACACCACUACCACAGCCACGAAGAACGGAAGGAACGGGAUUGAGGUCAGCGGUAUUUCGAAGGAAUAA